AUGACCCCCGUACACUUCGCUUUUUCAUCAGCCUUUAUUUUGGGCCUAACAGGCCUAGCAUUCCACCGAACCCACCUUCUCUCUGCCCUCCUAUGCUUAGAAGGAAUAAUGCUCUCCCUGUUCAUUGCCCUCUCCCUCUGAACUGUCCAUUUAAACUCCACAAGCCUCUGCGCAGCCCCUAUACUACUACUAGCUUUCUCAGCUUGCGAAGCAAGCGCAGGCCUCGCCCUACUGGUAGCAACAGCCCGCACUCACGGAACCGACCACCUUCAAAACCUUAACCUGCUACAAUGCUAA